AUGAGUGUAGUGCAAUGGCUGGCUGGUCAGCCUGGAGCAGCGUCCAUCCUCGUAGGCCUGCCCGCCGUAGAGGCACGAUCAGCGGGAGAAGGACGAGGCCUAGGUCUCUUCGCGCCGAGAACCAUUCCAGCCUUUACUCAAAUCCUACGAGACCCGAUUGCAUGUUUGAUGAAGCCGACAGACGACCUGCCGGAGCUCUACGAGCGCUUCUCGGAGCUUCCAGAACUGCAGCAAACCCAAUACACGUCACUGUCGUACCGCGAUGAUCUGGAAAAGGACGCCGUACUCACACAGAAACUGCUCCAGCGUGGUUACACCUCAAAUGACGCUAAGAAAAGGAUUCAGGUUGGCCAUAUCAUGCACAAUAAUGCCUUCACGGUCGACGUUGGUGGCCCACAUGGUGCCGGCCAUCGCGCGCUGUUUCUGAGUGUGGCAAGAAUCAACCACUCGUGCACCCCAAAUGCUCAUGUGAGCUUCUACCCUCCGAGCCCGUCAACAUCUGUUGGCCGCAUGGUCGUUCACACACUUCGAGAAUUGCAUGCUGGCGAAGAGGUGCUCAUCUCUUAUUUUAGCAUCCUGAUGUCGAAGCCCGACAGACAGACUAAAGCACGGAAGUGGGGUUUUGAUUGUGCUUGUUCUGCAUGUGACGGCAAGCAACUGCAUCAUGUCGAAAGGGAAGAGGUCCUCAAAGACAUUCGGGACUUCAAAUCCAACUAUUCGAUGGUCAUGAGUGGGAACAAGCACAGUCCUGGAAGUCUUAAAAGCCUGAUCAUCAAAGGAUCAGCUCUUGUUGAACAUUGUCUGGGUGAUCUUUCCUUGCGCCCUGCUCUUCCCGAUCUUUUCGAUGACCUUGGAAUGCUGGAAGCCAAAAUGUUACUGAGUACGAGGCGCGAGAAUGAGCGUGAAGCUGUCGUGGCUUUUCUCGAGAAGUCUGUGGUGUGGGAAGCAAGAAUUACAGGUACUGAGAGUGUUGCGACCAACAAGCGACUAGAAAAAUUGCACCAAUUUGCAACAAGACGUGGCAGACCACACGUGGGCGAACAGUACAAAUUUGAAUACCAGGUGGCUUGGACUGCGCGAUAUAUCCCUAUUGGAUCUUUGACAACCUCCCUGUCGAUCAAGUUCGGACUCCUCAAAGCCUCCUACGCGAAGAGGACAUUGCACCAUCCUUCGAAGCGCACCUCGUCUCAAUCCGCCAAGCGGUUCCAAACCGCGCAAGUCUGUCUGGCGCCAAAAUCUAGACACGAAAUUUAUGGCCUGGCAAAGCACGAGAUUGCACUUCUCUCCUUCGAACGUCUUACAAAGUAG